AUGAGGCUCCUCACAGCGACACUAUUAGCAGUGUCCUCCCUUCUCUCAACCUCACAAGCCCUGUAUUUCUACCUCGACGGCACGACCCCAAAAUGCUUCUACGAGGAUUUACCUAAGGACACGCUGGUCGUCGGAACAUACAAAGCCGAAGCAUACAAUCAACAGACACAGUCUUUCCACACCACAUCCGACCUCCAAAUCCAAGUGACGGUAGAAGAAGUGUUCGACAACGAUCACCGCGUGGUCACUCAGACCACAGCAUCUUCCGACAAGCCGUCAAAGUUCACUUUCACCGCCGCCGAUCCGGGCCAGCACAGAUUAUGCUUCACGCCGACGGGCCCGGGAGCUAUCAGUAUAGCAGGGUGGUUUUCGAGCGCGGGCGCAACGAUGGGCGGCAUUAAACUGUCAGUGGACAUGGCCAUCGGGGCCACCAGCAAGAUUGAGAGUGAGGACAAGAGCAAGAUUGACAACAUCGUGACCAAGGUCAAGGAACUGAACGCCCGUUUGACCGAUGUUAGACGGGAGCAGGUCUUCCAGCGCGAGCGAGAAGCCGAAUUCCGAGACCAGAGCGAGGCCACCAACUCGAAGAUCGUACGGUGGACACUGAUCCAAUUGACCGUACUCGGUGUAACUUGCGCAUGGCAAUUGUCGCAUCUACGUGCCUUUUUCAUCAAACAAAAGUUGACAUGA